AGUGUCCAUAACGAGUCGGAAACACGAACUCUGUAACAAGAAUCAGCACUCCCAAAUAAGCACAAAAAAAACCCUAAUCCCAAAUAAGCUCCGCCUAAAAGUCUCUAAACAGAUCUGAACAUUUCCGCAUAACUCUCUCUCACAGCUGCCUUGUCGGGUGUCGAGCUUUUCGCUCGAAGCCCGAACCCAACUCGCUGCAAUCAGGCAACGCUGCAGAUUACACCGUCUACAUCCAGAUACCGAGGCAUUUGACCUCCUGCUCAGUCAAAGAUCCACCAAGUGGAGUCCAACACGUGUCUUUGACCGACUGUCACUGUCUCCGUACGCGAUUUCUUCAUAGGUUCGGCGUGUUGUGCUUCACAGCAAUUGAGAGAUGCGGAGAAUAUAUAACUGAGCUUCAAUUUGAUUGAAGCAAUUCCCCACUUCCCCCAUUAUGCAGUAAUCUUCUUACCCGGCGGUGCUUGUAUUUGGUUGCGAAUAGUAAGAUAAAAAUGCGGGAGUUGUAAAGAAGAAAUUUUAGGUCUUGAGCUGGAUUUUGGAACCUUUCAAGGUUUUUUUGUAGUAGUAUUCAGUAUGGGUAUGCUAUGUAGUAAACAUCGGCAAUACAAUCAAGCCGAUUGCGAUGAAAAUGCACAGACUGCAGAAAUAGAAAGGAGGAUUGAACAAGAAGCUAAGGCUGAGAAGCAAAUUCAAAAGCUUCUUCUACUUGGUACUGGAGAUUCAGGGAAGUCUACAAUCUUCAAACAGAUAAAACUUUUAUUUCAAACUGGCUUUGAUGAUGCAGAGCUAAAGAGUUACAUCCCUAUCAUCCAUGCCAAUGUUUAUCAGACAAUAAAAAUACUACAUGAUGGGGCAAAAGAGUUAGCUCAGAAUGGAGAUGAUUCCAUGAAGUAUGCAAUCGCAGAGGAAAAUAAGGAAGUUGGUGAAAAACUCUCUGAAGUUGGUAGUGGGUUAGAUUAUCCCCUCCUGACUAAAGAUUUGGCUAAGGAGAUAGAAGCUCUUUGGAAAGACCCUGCUGUACAGGAAACAUAUUCACGCGGGCAUGAGCUUCAAGUUCCGGAUUGUGCCCAUUACUUUAUGGAAAAUUUACAAAGAUUUUCUGAAACUAAUUAUGUUCCCACAAAGGAUGAUAUUUUAUACGCCCGUAUUCGAACAACUGGCGUCGUUGAAAUCCAGUUCAGCCCAGUUGGAGAGAAUAAAAAGAGUGGUGAAGUAUAUCGCCUUUUUGACGUUGGUGGUCAGAGGAAUGAGAGAAGAAAGUGGAUCCAUCUAUUUGAGGGUGUCACAGCUGUAAUAUUUUGUGCUGCUAUUAGUGAGUAUGAUCAAACUCUGUUUGAGGAUGAAAACAAGAACCGGAUGAUGGAGAGCAAAGAACUUUUUGAGUGGGUUCUGAAACAACCAUGUUUUGAGAAAACAUCAUUCAUGUUAUUUCUCAACAAAUUUGAUUUAUUUGAAAAGAAGGCGCUCAAGGUGCCUCUCAAUGUGUGCAAGUGGUUCAAAGAUUAUGAGCCAAUUUACUCAGGAAAACAAGAGAUUGAGCAUGCAUAUGAGUUUGUCAAAAAGAAAUUUGAAGAGUCAUAUUUCCAGAACACUGCCCCUGAUUGUGUGGACCGGGUAUUUAAAAUCUAUAGAACCACUGCCCUUGACCAAAGGCUUGUAAAGAAGACUUUCAAAUUGGUAGAUGAGACUUUGAGAAGAAGAAACUUGCUUGAAGCAGGGUUGUUGUGAUCCUCUACAGCUUCAUCACAAUUUAUAAAUGUGGAUAUUUGGAAAGACGCAUGGAAUUGAUGACAUGGUUUUAGAUAAAAUUUGCUCUUGGCAUUUGCUACAGAUUAUUCAAAGUGUUGUUCAGUCUGUCACAUAAAAAAGUUGAUUCUUUUUAUAACCCGCCUUCUCAAUUCCUUAACAACCUAUUGGGACUUGCAAUGAGAAGGAAUUAAAAAAACUCACUUUAUUUCGGUGUUCAUUACUGUAACUAUAUUUAUAACAGGAUCUUUGUAAGAGUUGUAUAUGAACUGCAUCCGCUAUACUACAUUUGUGUGCAUUUAAAUCCCUUUCAUGUCGAGCACUGUUCUUAAGUUAUACAUCCACAAUCUUAACUAUUUACUCUGUAUAUUAUACAUACAUUCGUACUGCUGUAAUUGUGCUACUGCUUCUGAUGGUAUUCUUGUUUAUGACUUAUGAGCCGUCAAAUAAUGC